GAUCCCGCAGCGUCAGCGGUGGUGUUGGGGGGAGCAAGGCAAUCCGUGCGUCGAAAACGUCAGUGAAGCAGCAUGGCGGAGAUGUGGUUGGAGUGUCUGUGCUCUGAGUGUGUGGGGAAAAAACACUCUCAGCCGAUUUAACAAGAAAGAUCAGUGUCUAUUGCAUUUUUUUUGUCAAAUAAGUGUUUAUCUAAGAUGGAGAGCCACAGUGGUGGCAGCGUCCCUGCAUCGAAAUACAGCUCAGUGAAAUAUUACAUCCCACCCGAGACUUACGUUACACCAAGUCAAGAUGGCGAGCACUCUGGUACCGAGCAAGCUGGUGGUACCGAGACUAGACCGAGAACUGGAGUGUCUUCUACGCAAUAUAUUCCAAAGGCGGGGGACCGCUUGAACUUUCAAAUACCGAGAAAGAACAAAGAAAAGAGAGCCUUGUUCCAGUAUGUGUCGUCAGAGUCCCGGGAGUUUGAAGACAUCUUGACCAUCCUGUCAUCCAACUACAGAGAAGCCAGCUCCAACGGGAUGUUCAUGUACACCAAGCCAAGACUGGUCCACAGUGAGCUGCUGGAGAAGGACUUUGUAGAGAAAAGGAGAGAGCUGAAGCAGGAUGGGAGGACUGAGAAGGAACUGGAGGAGACCCAUUGUUUCCUGAUGGCUGACACCCCCAAGCUGCCAUGGAUCUGUGAGAAGGGCCUGCUUGUGGGGCACAGCUGGAUCACAGCUCUGGGAAACCCCUCCAAGGGUGUUUAUCUGUCUAAAAACUCAGACCUACUGCAGAUCAAUCCUUUUAACCCUGGAGUCAUGGGAGAGAUCAUCAUAUUCAAGGUCAUCAAGGGUAAAGUGAAGAGCAUCUAUGAGAACAUGUCAAAGAACCUUCUGGACCCCACGCCCAAGUUUGACAGCCAUUUCUCCAAGAACGCCAGCAAAGUGACAUCUCUCACCUCCUAUAGAGCAUACGAGCUUACUCAGCAAUACUUCUAUGAGUAUGACUUUGAUGAGCUGAAGUCUCGGCCGAGACACGUGUGUCCCUAUGCAGUGGUCUCUUUCCAGUUCAAAGGCAAAGAUGCUCCUCUUCAAGCCAAGCCCAUAGCUCCCCUGAGGUCAAACAGCCAAACGUCUGAAGGAAGUACAGGCAGGAGUAAAUACACAGUGUGGAGUGGAGAGCUGGUGAAUGAGGGUAGAGCAGUGUCCCAGGUCUCUUUCUGCUCCUUCUCACCCCCCUUCCUGCCUUUCAAACUGCCUGAGAAGCUGGAGUUGGGUCUGGUGAUGUGUAUAGACCAGGUGAAUCAGAUGAUCCCCUCAGCUUUAUUCUCCUGGAACCUGUACGCAGGCAGCCACGAAGUGUUGAAGAAUGGAACCUACUGCAGUCUGCUGGAGGUAGUGGACAAGAGCAAGUCAGGUGACUUUCUGGCAGCACUGCUACAAGGCCUGGAGACACAGAGACUGGUGCUUGUCCACGCGUUGGCUGACAAAGGAUUCCUCUUCCUCCUGUCUUCAGUUCAGAUGGCUGCUCCAACUGAAAGAAGAGAUGGGUGGAAAAGAGGCCUUCAAGCACUCUUUGUUUUUCAAGAGUCGAGGGAUGUGACAAAAUACAGUACAAAUUGUCCAGCUACCCAGGAGCCUUUGCAGUCGUUAUUUUCCCAUGACACUGUGAUGCCCCAGCUUAAAAGCUUUGUCCCGGCUCUGCAUCAUGCCCUGGUCAAGGUGCGCUGCAACCCGCCUGCUGACCUCUCGGCCGGGGUCGAGCACCAGGCCAGGGACUACCUAAGUGGACUUCACGAUGGAAAGCUCCGCCACGUUCCCAUGACUGAGUACGACACCAAGCUGGAUGACCGAGGGAAGCUGUUCCCGGCUCCAAAACACCACAAGCUCAACAUGGAGGGCUACCUGCGCUCCUACGUCUACAGCCCUAACCUCUACACCAUGCCCGUGGUCCGAGCCAAGGAGAUGAUGGAGAGUUACUGUGUCGUGCCUGAUGACAUCAGUCCUGUGACUGAUUGUGAGGGUGGUAGUAGGGCCAGUGGGGACAAGCCAGUGGUAGGGUCAAAGGUCAAGCCUAAUGGUCCCACUGCUGCCCAGCCUCCGGCGGUCCAGGUUAACCUCUCUCCGUUUCAGUCUCGCACUGACUCCAACCCUCAGAAGGUGAAGGAGCUGAUCAACUUGAUACUGAAGUGUCGGAAGAAUGCAGAGGGGGAUGUGAGGAAGAGGGGAGAGGCGCAGGGAGGAGCGAAGGAGGGGGCAGGCCUGUUGGACCCCCGUGGGCUGAAGAGGAAGCUGGAGAGGGAGACUGCAGAGAGGACUCUGAAGUACCUGAAAAAGGCCUCACAGGAGAGGGGUGGAGUGGACAGCAGACCAGCUGAAGGGGGCCAGAACCCGUCCUGUCUGUCCUCUCUGAUGCUCCACAGUGUGGGUCUGAAAGACGUGGACCUGAGGAGAGACGGAUCAGAGGCUGCAGUCAAGUUACUGAAAAUGUUAACCAGCCUGAAGAAUGCUGCAGGGCAACAGCCACAGAGUUCUGAGGGCAGAGGAGGGUCAAGAGAGGGGGCGGAGCAAACUGAAGCUCUGCUGUUUGAUAGGAUGAUCAAGCUGGGUCUGCCGCCCAAUCAGGACAUUGACCUGAGGAAACGACCUUCUGGGGGCCUGCAGGACAAGGCUGACUACUUGGAGGAGCAGGCAGCAGGCAGUAUGAGCAGUCUGGAAGGCUUCAGCCCCAGUUCCAAUGGUGAAACGCCCAGGAGAUCGCACUCGCAAUGUCAGGGGGAGGAGCAGAUUCCAUGGGUCCUCAUCCCCAUUACAGGGCUGAAGUGGAAGAAGUACAGCCAGAGAGAGAAGGACAACCCUCAGGACCCACGCUUCGUACCCCAGAUCCCCAUGGCAACCAGCAGCUACCCCCGCUGUGUUCUGGAGCGAAGGGAAAGAUACGUCACCCCUACCCUAGAGGAGCCCCCAGAGCCUAGCCCCAGUCCUCCCCUAGAGGAGCACCCAGAGCCUAGCCCCAGUCCUCCCCUAGAGGAGCCCCCAGACCCCAGUCCCUGUCCCAGUCCCUACCCCAGUCCCUACCCCAGUCCCUGCUCCAGUCCCUACCCCAGUCCCAUAGAGGAUGAUGAGCAAUUAGCUGAAACCCCCUGUGACCCCACAGAAAUAACCAACAAUGAAAAGACAACCACAGACGAGACAAACCAGAGCCUCCUUCUGGUCCCUGUUACUCCAGAGAGGACCAGCCUCCCAGAGAAAAGCAGCAGCCCCUCCCCUGAGCCAUGGCCAGCUGAAGAACCAACCCAUACUAACCCCAUAGAUGCUGGUCAGGAACAAGCUGAAGAACCAACCCAUACUAGCCCCAUAGAGGCUGGUCAGGAACAAGCUGAAGAACCAACCCAUACUAGCCCCAUAGAGGCUGAUCAGGAACAAGCUGAAGGCAGUACAGGAAAAUAUAUGCCAACUGUUGUGGCAGCUGAAGACCCAAACACAAUAGAGGUUGAACAGGAGGAGGAGGUUAAAGAGGUAGAGGAACAGGUGAUGGAGGAAGUGAAAGGGGAGGAAGAUGUGAUAGAAGUGGUAGAUGAGGAACCGGUGACGGAGGAAGACCUGAUGGAAGUGGAAGAGCAGCUGGAGGAAGGGGAAUUAGUGGAGGAAGUGGAGGAAGAGAACCAACAUGUGGAGACAGAGUUGAAACAGACAGGGCAGGUGUCACCCAGACCACCCUCCUCCAUUCCUCCUAUCCAGAAUCCUCCUCCCAUUCAAAAUCCUCCUGUCCAGAGACCCGUUCUGACCAGAGUGGAAAGUAUCCUGGACCAGCAGUUCAGUGACUUCUCCACAGAGAUGCAGAUCCUCCUGCUCAGAGAGAGCGUCCACUACAGCUCAUCGCUCCUCCAUACCCAGAAUGCUUCACAGCAGCUCCCGGUGCAUCCGCUCCUGCACUUCUCGGAGUACGUCUCCUUCUACAACUCGUCCCCUCCAAUGCAGGCCUACGUCACCUCACUCCGAGACCGCAUGGGCACCAUCAUAAACGUACAGGACCAAUGGAUUCCCGGCACGUUAGCCACCAAACCUGCCCUGGUCUCAUCUAUCACUAACCGCCACCAUGCUAACCACUCUCCUCCAACCACUACAUACUGGAACCAUUCUUUCUGUGGCCCUGUGUCUCAGUCUGUCCCCAGCCACCGCCUCUCUCCUGCUCCUGGCCUUGCUGUGUCUCAGUCUGUCCCCAGCCACCGCCUCUCUCCUGCUCCUGGCCUUAGCCUUGCUGUGUCUCAGUCUGUCCCCAGCCACCGCCUCUCUCCUGCUCCUGGCCUUAGCCUUGCUGUGUCUCAGUCUGUCCCCAGCCACCGCCUCUCUCCUGCCCCUACUCCUGGCCUUGCUGUGUCUCAGUCUGUCCCCAGCCACCGCCUCUCUCCUGCCCCUACUCCUGGCCUUGCUGUGUCUCAGUCUGUCCCCAGCCACCGCCUCUCUCCUGCCCCUGCUCCUGGCCUUGCUGUGUCUCUGUCUGUCCCCAGCCAGCGCCUCUCUCCUGCCCCUGCUCCUGGCCUUGCUGUGUCUCAGUCUGUCCUCAGCCACCGCCUCUCUCCUGGUCCUGGUCUUAGCCUUGCUGUGUCUCAGUCUGUCCCAAGUCGUCACUCUCCUGGCCUGUUUGCCCCUGGUCCUGAUAGCUCAAACUCUUACAGUUCUCUACCUGUGUCUCAUUUUAAUAAUAAUAAUAGCACAAUGAUUCCCUCUUCAUCGUUUCCCGGCACGGCCUAUUCUCCUACUCUCUACCACAACCCACCACAGACACAGACGGGACUACCGCAACUCAGCUCCAGUCUAGCCCCCCUGUCCCUCCAACCACUGGACAGUCAAUGGACAACUUCAACACAGAACCCUGAUUCAGGUGGGAGACUGGGAACCUGCAAGCCAAGUGAUAUGUCAAAAGCGAAUAAUUGGACAACACAGAACACUGACUUGGAUGUCCGAGGGCUACGAGCAAAGUUCACGCCUCAAACAAGUGCAAUGUUUGAAGCAAAAGACGAUGUCGUAAUGUUGGAUCAGCCGGUUUCAGAAGCCACCGUGGCGGCUCUACCUCCUCCUCGCACUCAGAUGAUUGACAGUUUGUCAGGGGUGGGCGGGCCAGUGGUAGAGCCUGUCCCAGGGCCAGGUCCCGCCUCCCCUUCAGCCAUCAGUAGUCUGAUCAGCCAGCUGAAGCCUGAGUUGUUCAGUAACCUGGUGGAGAUUAUAAAGGAUGUCCAGAAGAACUCUGUCCAGUUCUACAUCCACACACAGGAGAGGGAGAGGGAGGUCUCCCACCACAUCAAGGAGUACCUCCAGAGGUUGGGUAACGUAGAACGCAGUCCUGUAAGUUUCCUGGAGAGAGAGAACCGGAUGGACAAACUAAUGGUUCUCAUCCAGAACAAGGACAUUGCAGCGCACAUUCACAAGAUCCCGGCGCUGGUGCGGUUGAAGAGGCAGCCGUCGGUGAUCUUCGCUGGAGUAGACAGUCUGGACGAUGUGAAGAACCACACCUACAACGAGCUGUUUGUCUCUGGGGGAUUCGUCGUCUCAGACGAGUUUGUCCUCAACCCUGACUACAUCACUCACGAGCGUCUGCGGGUGAUUCUGAUGUUCCUGGACCAACAGAACUCAGCAGAGAGCGUGUGGAGGUGGAGGGUCCACUGGAAGACCCAGAAGAAACUCAAGGAACAGUCCAGGUUUAAAAGUGAAGCCAGGAAGAUCUUGAACCUGCUGACCACGUACCAGAAGAAAAACAUUGUGGAGUUCCUGCCAUACCAUGAGUGUGACGCUCCAUCUCGCCCCGCCCCCGACCUGGACUGUCUCCUCAAGCUGCAGGCACAGCACAUUCAGCAACGACACAUCAUCUUCCUCACAGAGAGCCACUUCGAGAUGUUCCCCCACUACUCCAGUACUGGUAUCGUCAUCGCCAACAUCAACGACAUCAUGCACAACUUCGGUGGCCUAGUUGGUUUCCAUGACAUCAGAGACAAGCGGUCUACCUCAGUAGACCUCAUAGCUGCAGCUACUACAGUCCGAGAGGAAAAGCAUGUGCUGGAGGAACCGAUCCUUCUGGACUCCCCCUCCUCCCCAGAUCGCCUGGUGGACCGCCUGUCCACUCCGCUGAACGAGGACGACUUCCGUCCAUCCCUCCCCGACCAGCUUGUUCCUGACGCGGGGACACCCAUGGAGCUCAACUUCCAGGCCCUGAAGGAGGCCAUCUCUCAGUUCAAGGCUGAUAAGGCUGCUCGCUCACAGAUGGCACCUCCAGAGGUGGAUGGGGAGAGACCAGAGUCCCCACCAGGACCAAGGAUUCCUGGCCUGGGUACAGACUCACCAGGGUGUCUAGGGGACUCUGGAGUUGGUUUCCUCACCCCUGGUCUCCUCACUCCUAGUUUCACCCCUUCCCCUGUCUCUCUCCUUGGUCCUGUCCCUCUCCGCUCCAGCCAGUCCCCUGCUGCGAUCCAGAAGGAAGUGGGACUGACCCCCACAUGGCAGGCUAAAGAAGCUACCCUCUCCUCACUCCACUCUAAGCUCGGUCUGAGUGUAACUGCUGGUGCCGAGGUGACCAGUGACAUGUCUUUGUGUGGCUCCCAGGGCAGACUGAACGCUUUCAGCAGCCACCGGGAUCCUUUAGCUGGCAUUGUCACUGAGGGCCAUGGUGAGUCGGGGGCCACACCCAGCAACCCCCCAGGCCCUGAGCCUCCAAGGUCCCAGGGGGAGAACACUAAACCCAGCCCAGUAGAAGGCAGCCUCCAGGGGGGGGGGGGAAUGACUGACAAAGCCCCUAGCAGCCCCCUCCCUGGUCCUCCAGGUCCCAGGGCAGCAGCCCCCCGGCCAGUUGGUGGUGGGGAUUACAUAGCGGCAGCGACAGACAGACUGGCACAGGCAGCCAGACAGCAGCAGAGAAACGGCUUGUUACCCAUGCCUAAUACACUGUUCCUUAACAGUAACCUCAAUCUGCACAACCAUGGCAUGAGCAUAUUCCAAAGGCCCAUGUUGAAUAGGCUGGAAGGACCUGCAGGACGGGGGGGUAUUAGACCAUUGAUGCCUAAUGCCAUUGGCUGGGCUAGGAUGGGCCAGGCAGGGGGGUCAGAGUCCUGUCUAUGGGGCCUUCAGCAGCAGAACAUUGGGCUGGGGCGCCACACCUUCCCUUCACGACUGAUGGGGAACCCUCAUCACCCCUGGGGUAGUAACCAGACUGCUAACCAGGGGCGUGGGAAUGGCCCUUGGAAGCGGUGACGAACGGCCGAGUGAACAAACAAGAGUUGUGUUCAGUAGGUAUCAACCUGAAAGCACUGAGGAUAUACCGGGAUGUUCAUUUUUGUUUUCUGUUGUGCCCAGAUGGAUAGAGAGCAACUAGCACGACUACCUACUUGACAGAGUCAAAUCUCUUCUACACAUUACAUUUCUUACUGAACCCUCCUGUCCCAAACAGGCCCCACUAGUGAAUCUUCAUUUAUGAUCCUAAAGAAGCGCUUUACUUGACAGGAAAUAACUUUUUUUCCCUUCCAGAUGGUAAAGCCAGCUGUGGCCUGGCUGGUGCUGCCUGCUGAUGAUACUACUCACUAACCUGUCAGAUCUUGUCAAACCAAACAAUUAUAUUUGUAUUUUCUAGGAAAACUUUUUGUUAUUACUUGUUUGUUUAGGGGCUGUAUUCAAUCAGAUCCCCUUUAGCCGACAUCUGCGUAGCGGUUGUUUCGUCGGUGGAACAGCAGAGCUGUCAAAUCCACUAGCAGCUCCUGGCAUUAUACCCAGUGGACAUUGCCAUUGUCUGAACGGUGUUGCAUUAAGAGAAAUCCCAUAAUAAGUUUGAACAGUGGAAUGUGAGAUGUAGUCUACACCUCCAUUAGGAGAUAGAAACCCUCGAUAUUAAGUUUCAGGAUUGUUCAAUUAGAGCGUGUUUAUUUCUAUAUAGCCUACACUUCCUCAUUCUGAACGUCUAAUGGGAGAGGGCCAGGUGUGGCUGAGUGACAAUUAUCACAAGAGCAGCUGCUCACCGAUUUGAUGCCUCAGUUUGACCUUCAACACCACUAAACCAUCCACUAUGCGACGCUUGAUCUGAUUGAAUCUAGGCCUAAGUUAAUAUCCUUGUACCUUUUUUGGUUUUUGUAAAGAAGUAUACUGUAGCCAUGUGGCCUUGUACAGAAAACCAGUGGUUUUUAUCUUAAUGUUAUUUUUUACAACUUUGUUUGUAUUAAAACAUGCUUGUCAAAAUUA